UAUAGUUCGUCAUCUCUACAAAGGAAUUUCGCGCUUCAGUCCCCUCCCAACCAGCGGCAGGUACAUAUCCACUUUAUCCGUCAUCUGGGACUCCAAUUAAACCUCCCUUAAACCCCAAUACUCUCUUCAAAUCCCUUCUCCUUCACAAACCUCUGUAAUUUCCUUCUGACCCAUUAAAAAGAUGCAAAUUUCCAUGGCCAUUUCGCCACUCACAGCUCCUCAAAUUUUCCCAUUUCAUCAACCCAUUUUGCAGUCACCGAAACCUCACAAAAUUGCUCUCCAGAGACAUGGGACUCCUGUAAAUUCCUUCAGAGAUUCGGGUCUCUUAUCCACAAUCGGCGUCGAAGAAGAAUACCGGAGAGCUCGGUCACAGGUUAAUCGAAAGGGGGUGGAUUUAGAAGGGUAUUCAAUCGAGGGCAUUUCAGUUGGUGGGCAAGAAACCUGUAUUAUUAUUCCUGAAUUCAAGUGUGCAUUUGAUAUUGGGAGGUGCCCAUCUCGAGCCAUUCAGCAAAACUUUGUAUUCAUCACUCACGCCCACCUUGAUCACAUUGGUGGGCUACCAAUGUACGUAGCUAGUCGUGGUUUAUAUAGUUUAAGUCCUCCUACGGUAUUUGUGCCUCCUUGUAUUAAAGAAGACGUGGAGAAACUACUUGAGAUUCACAGGACCAUGGGCCAGGUGGAGUUGGACGUUGAUCUGGUUGCACUAGAUGUAGGAGACACAUAUGAAAUGCGGAAUAACCUUGUCUGCAGAGCAUUUGAAACAAAUCAUGUGAUUCCGAGCCAGGGUUAUGUCAUUUAUUCGGUUAGAAAAAAAUUGAAGAAGCAAUACAUGCAUCUUAAGGGGAAACAGAUCGAGAAGCUUAAGAAAUCUGGCGUCGAGAUUACAGACACCAUAUUGUCCCCUGAGGUGGCCUUCACAGGAGAUACAAGGACAGAUUUUAUGCUUGAUCCACGUAAUGCCGAUGCAUUGAGGGCGAAAAUUCUAAUAACUGAGGCAACUUUUCUGGAUGAAGGUGUUAGCAUAGAACAUGCAAGGGAACAUGGUCAUACUCACAUAUUUGAGAUCAUUGAAAAUGCACAGUGGAUUCGAAACAAAGCUAUUCUGCUUACGCAUUUUUCAUCCCGAUACCAUAUAGAGGACAUCCGGAAAGCGGUAUCAAAGUUGCAGUCCAAGGUGACGGCAAAAGUCGUUCCUCUCACUGAAGGUUUCAAGUCAGUGUAUUAAUGUAGGCUAUGGGAUUCUUGGGAACAAAGUGUAAUUAUAUUUAGCAUCAAAGCAGAGAAACUGGAACAUAGGUAAUUAUUUCUCUGUAAAUUGAUUCUUGUUUUCUUUAGCGUUAUCCCCUUAGCAAAAACUAUAUUUUGCCUUAUUAAUAGGCAUUCUGACACAUGUUUGAAGCUAUAACUCAAUCAAUAGAGGUGCAGUUUAAGCUAUA